AAUUUAAAUAAAAAUGGAGAAAAGUCACAAAACUUCACUUAAAGAUUAUGAAAUUAAAGAAAAAAUUGGAAGUGGCUCCUUCGGCCAGGUCUUCAGAGUUAGGAGCAAGCUUGAUAAGAAGAUAUACGUCCUGAAGCAAGUUAAGACUGCUAAAAUGUCUACACAGGAGAAAUAGAGAUGCACAGAAAGAAACUAUCAUUCAUAAAACACUUGAUAACCCCUAUAUUGUGAAGUACAUAGAUCAUUUCAUGGAGAAAUAAGAUGAUUAAUAUCAUCCUGGAAUUCUGUGAUGGAGGCGAUCUAGGUAAAUACCUGAAGCUGCAGAUGGGCAAAAAUCUGAAAGAGAAAAAUAUCUGGAACUUCUUUAUACAAGCAUGCCUGGGCCUUCAGUACCUCCAUACCAGGAAAAUCCUCCACCGAGAUAUCAAGACAAUCAAUCUGUUCCUGAUGAAGGACGGGACGGUGAAGAUUGGUGACCUGGGUGUUGCCAAAUCGUUGAAAGGCGUCAAUUUUGCGCAUACAAUGGUUGGGACACCAUAUUAUUUAUCCCCAGAGCUAGUUGAAGAGAAGGCAUAUGAUCAUAAAUCUGAUAUCUGGUCCCUUGGCUGCGUCCUCUAUGAACUUUGCACCCUGAAACAUCCUUUCACGGGUACUACGCAGGCUAGUCUGAUGAUGAAGAUUAUUAAAGGGAAAUACGACAAGAUUCCAGCUUUUUAUAGCAAAGAUUUAGCCGAUCUCAUCGAUCGAUGUUUAAAGAAGGACACCAGGAAGCGUCCCUCCAUUCAUCAGAUCUUAGAAGAAGAUACUGUUAAAAGGAAAGCUAAAGAACUAUUAAUCACAAUUCCAACCAAGGAAGAAGUUGAAAGAGAGAUCCAAAACCAAAGAAGCAUGGUACAAGCUGCUUCUAGGAAGAAAGCACCCGGCACUGAUAAGGAACAGGGACUCAUUAAGAAGAAAAGUAGCGGUAGUACUCCUAAAGAAGCCGAUAAGACCCCAAAGUUAGUAAAUAAAUCUUCAUCCAAGCCUAAAUCUUCUGCAUCAAGGAACUCCAAGCCUGCAGUUGUUAAGGACAAGAAGACUGAGCAUCAGAAGAAAGUAGAGGAGAAUGAGAAGAAGAUCAAGGACAGGAAGGAAAGAUAUCUAAAGAAACAAUCAAGUGAGAGUAAUAGCGUCAUAGAUAAUUUUCCAGUAUCUUAUCUGAAGGAUCCCAAAUUGGUGAAGAAGGAUAAGUCCCAAGAUGAUGCCAAGAACCAGUUCAAAUUUGGUCUAUUAGAGGAACGGAAGAAGAGUUCUAGCAACCAAAGGGUCAUUAAGCAUGGUGUGAAGCAUACUGAUAGCCAUAUUGUAAUCACAAAGCCACCUCCAAAGCCUGCUCUUGUCCCUAAGCAUUCUAAGCAAUCUGCUAAAUCUGAGAUGCCAAGGAAGCCUCCCACUGGCUUGAGUCGAGUGGCGAAAAAUGCUGCCAGAAAAGGCAGUGCUCUUUUGAAAAGGAAUUAUAAGCCAAAGAAGGAGGACUUUAAUACGUCUAAAGACAUCGAGGAUGUCUGUAAUCUUCCAGACUUUCCUAACGAAGGUGACAGUUCAAGUGAUGACCAAAGAGAGCUCAAAUCAGCUCAACAGCUCAUGGCUGAGCAUAAGGCUAAGAAGGGUGCUAGGAAGAAAUCUGGGAUAUCAGCAAAUUCUAAAAGUGUGGCUAUUGACGAACGAGGAAAUUUAGAGGACUUGCACAAGAAAAAGAUGGUUAUCCCAAAGCAAGAUGCCAAGGGAAUCCCAUUAACCACAAAGGCUAACGGAAGCCAGCAGAAAAUUGCUGAUGCUGAUUUUGAUGAUAUUCUGUCUGGAAAAGCAUCAAAGAGUAAUAAAAAUGACGACCAAGAUCUUGAAGCCAUGCUUAAUGGCAAGCCAUCAAAACCUGCUGAUAAAGACGUAGGAUUCUCAGGGUAUGCCUCUCUUAGGAAAGAUCAAACCCCUAUUUAUCAAGUAGAAGCCCAAUGGAAGAUUGCUGAACCUGAUGAUGAGCAAGAGACUGAGAAAGCUGAGGAGACUAAAGAUGAAGAUGAUGACAUAGAACAUGAUGAUUUUAGUGAGAAUGAAGAUGAUAUGCAAGAAGCCUUUAACUUCACAGAUACUGACUUUGAUGUGAACAACCGUGUUGACUUCGACAUCGAAGUAAGCACAGGGUUCAACCGCUCGCUAGAAUCUAUCCCUGAGGUAGAAGAAGAGUCUGAGAAAUCUAUUGAACGGAGAAAACUUGAAAUUGAAAUCAAGAGCCACGAAAGCAGAAUCAAGGAAUACGAGACUACACAGCGACAAAAAUGGAACCACAUAGUCCAGUACUGCAACAGUGAUGGGAAGAUCGCAGAAUCAUGCUAUGAGUUCGCAUCGAACAAGAUAGACCAGCUCGACGAUGAGCAAAUGGAGGAGGUUUCUUCAGAGAUCCAGAACUAUGUCUAUGCACAUGGAGUCGACCAGCAUGAGAAUAUGGCAUUCGAGCUGUUUUGAUACAUUAUUAAGGAGGCUGAUAUUCAAGCUCUGAGGGAGGACCUCGAAGGUGUCAAAGAGCGAAUCGAGCUGAUUUAGACCAGGAAAUAUAAUUAAUAGCCCUAUUCUAUGUAUUUAAA